CUGAAAGUGUCAUCAGUGUUUGCUGAGGACGAGGCACACGUCAGGUAGUGAGCCCCUUGGAGACGGAUGCGUCCCCGCUUUAGGACUGCACAGUAUAAUGGUGAAGCCAGGCGAUCCGUAACAGCUCUUCUCCAGGCAGCAGCCGGCAGUAUCAGCGGGGUAGCACCAGGCUCAGAUAAAAGAGGGGAGCUGAGGAGGGAGGGAGCAGUAGAGAGAGGGAGAAUGGUGAGUGAGCAAUAGGAAGGAGAAGCUGGGUAGAGAGAGAGUGAGUGGAGACACACAAGGAGUCGCUGAGGGUGAAACGCUGAAGCACAUCUAACCAGGGGCAUUUUCUCUCCUCUUUUUUUAAUUUAUUUUUUUAUUUCUUUACUCCGUUUCCCACCUGGGCUCCCAGCUUCCUCCCGGAUCCGAUGAUUACAGGGCAGCUGAGCAAGCCGCUGCUCUCCCUGCGCAGCAACAUGAGCGCAGCAGAACUCAGAGCGGACGACAAAGCGGCGACCCCGGACAGCGAUUUGAACGAUGAGCCCCUGCCCUCUGAGGCCACGGACAGAGAGGGCACCCCCAACAAUCUCUACGGAGCUCGUGACGGAUCGGUUCAGUCUGACGCCAGCAGCAGUCCCUCAGAGCAGAGUCAACUGGGACAGUCUCACCCAGGAUACCCAAUGGGCCCACAGUCUCUCUUGGUGGCCCAGCAGCUGGCUAAUGCAGUGGGCGGCGUGAUGUCAGGGGCGGCGCCAGGCAUGAACCAACCCAUCCUCAUCCCCUUCAACGCAGGCGGACAUCUGGGCGGGCAGCAGGGCCUGGUGCUCUCCCUGCCCACAGCCAACAUCCAGAGCCUGGUGGCUGCUGCCGCUGCAGGGGGCCUCAUGACGCUCCCCCUCCAGAACCUGCAAGCUACCUCAUCCCUGAACUCCCAGCUCCAGCACCUGCAGCAGCUCCAGCAGCUGCAGCAGCAACACCAUCACCAACAGACCCACGUCCAGAACCAGCUGCAGGCCCAGCAUCACAUGACCCCACCCAGCCAGCAGCAGACCUCUGUGCCAUCUCCAGGCUCCGCCUGCUCCUCCACCUCCGGUCAGCCUCAUCAGUCCCCGCCGCACCGGCAGAACCAGUCGCCAGCCCGCAGCCUUCCCUCCCCAGUCACUCCACCCAUACCGCUACCGCUGAACCCCCUAGCCAGCCAGGCGGCAGUAGCAGCAGCAGCAGCCAUGGGCUCCAUCGCUGGCUCUCAGGUGUUUGGCAACACCCUCUCAAACCUGCAAGGGGCCACCGGGCAGCUCGUCACCAACGCACAAGGACAGAUAAUUGGAACAAUCCCACUGAUGCCCAACUCUGCAGGGCCCUCCAGCCAAUCAGGGGGUGGCAACCCAGCGCUGCAGGUACAGCCAAUUACACCUCAGCUUCUGACCAACGCUCAAGGCCAGAUCAUCGCCACGGUGAUCGGCAAUCAGAUCCUGCCUGUCAUCAACACCCAGGGAAUCACGCUGUCACCAAUCAAGCCUGGACAGCAGCUGCCUCCGGCUCAGCAGGGUCAGACAGGCCCGCCGUCAUCUCAAACCAACCUGCUUCACAUGCCCCACAGACAGAGUCCUCUCCACCAGGCCUCUUCCUCCUCCUCCACCUCCUCAUCUUCCUCGGCUCUCAGCGUGGGGCAGCUGGUUAGCAAUCCGCAGACCGCCCCCAGCGAGGUGGACGGGGUCAACCUGGAGGAGAUUCGUGAAUUCGCCAAAGCAUUCAAAAUCCGCCGGCUGUCCCUGGGCCUGACACAGACUCAGGUGGGCCAGGCGCUGAGCGCGGCCGAGGGGCCGGCGUACAGCCAGUCUGCCAUCUGCAGACACACCAUCCUGAGAAGCCACUUUUUCCUACCACAGGAAGCCCAAGAGAACACUAUAGGUAGCAGUCUGACUGGCAAACUGAACCCUGGCCUUUUAUAUCCUGCCAGGUUUGAGAAGUUGGACAUCACCCCUAAAAGUGCCCAGAAGAUUAAGCCCGUUCUGGAGCGCUGGAUGGCCGAGGCUGAAGCCCGCCACCGAUCCGGCAUGCAGAACCUGACUGAGUUUAUCGGCAGCGAGCCUUCGAAAAAACGCAAGCGGAGGACCUCUUUCACCCCGCAGGCACUCGAGAUCCUCAACAGCCACUUUGAGAAGAACACACACCCCUCCGGACAGGAAAUGACGGAAAUAGCCGAGAAACUGAACUAUGACAGGGAGGUGGUGCGCGUCUGGUUCUGCAACAAGAGGCAAGCUUUGAAAAACACAAUAAAGCGCUUGAAACAGCCCGACCUCGGCAUGGCUGCACCUAUGGACCCUCUCACUGAUUCUCUAGAGGAGCUCCCCAAAUGAACGAGCUCUCCAAAAAAUAAAGAAUGAAAAAAAAGAAACAGUGGAGUGGAAAAGUGGCAGCCAUUAAAAACAACAGAGGUGGAUGAACUCAGCUGGACGGACGGUUCCCAAACAGAAACUAUGUGUUGUCAGUGUGAUUCUGUAAAUGACCUUGGCGAAACCAAAAACAAUGAAAAAGAGAUUAAUAUGGGAGAAUGAUGUAAAAACAAAUGGCGUGCUGUUUUAAAGAGGUGUGUAUGGAGCCCAGACAGGGCCAGAAUGUUGGGAAAAAGAUUGAAACUGAAAAAAAUAAAAUGAUAGUCAAAUUUUGAACUUGUAAAACCAAAAGUUGCAUUUUUAUUUCCACUAGAAAAAAUUUUAUAUUCAGUUCACUUAUUUUAACUAAACCUUUUUCCGCUUAGAAUUUAUUUAUUUAUUUAUUUAUAUAUUUAUUGUAGUUUCAUUUUCGGGUUUUAUUAUUUCAGAUUCAUAUUAGUGUUUUUUUCAGUGUCAGAUCUGUUUUCUGACUAUUUCAAGUCUUUUUUUUUUCAGAUUCCAGUUUUGACCUUGAUUUGACAGGAGUGGGCGGGGAAACGUGACUGAUAGCCAUCAUUAAGGCGGGAGGGCCCGCUCCUUUUAUGUUUCUUUUAACUGUGGAAAUGCAAAACGUUUAGUAAACACAUGCUAUUCAAAUUCAAAAUAAAAAAAUGUUGAAUUAAAAAACUUCAAUAAAUCAAAGCUUUUUUUCAAGCUGAAAGAAAAUGUUUGUUUCACUCCUUUUUAUUUUGAAAACGUAUUUUGAUUUUUCUAAUUUCAAGUUCAAAAUUUGACAUUUAGUUUCAGCUUAAAUUUUUUUCACUUUUAAAAUUUAGUUUUACGUUUACCCGAACAUUCUGGCCGUGUCGUGACUCCAUACAUUUAGACUUUCAGACCAGACUGUCUCUCUAAUUCUGGUUCCCACGAGGAGGGAUUUAGUAAAGAGAACAUACCAAAUCAAAACACUAUUUACCAAAGUCUGUUGCAUCUAACUAAGAAUAAUUUUGUAAUGUAAAUGUGCUCAAAAUUUUUACAUUUGUACUGGCAAAAUGGAAGCUAUAUGUAUGGGUGUGGGUAAACAUUUUAUCUUUCUCUCUCGUUUUUUUCUUCAUUGUUUGAAUGUAAAUAUUUAAAAAAAACUUAAAUUGAAUCACACUGAUAAAAGAGAAGAACUGUGCUGUUGCAUUUUAUUGUUGUUUGCCUCCAGUUUGUGUUUCAUCUAUACAUUUUUUCAGUCACGGUGUAACUUUGUACAACUUUUACAGGUAUUUAUUAUUAAACUGUUGCGGAUCAGAAAAGGAGACGAGGACUUUCGCACGGUGAAGAGAAGGGUUUUCAGUGUCAACUGCAGCUUUGUUACGAGCUACUGUGUUAUUCUGUUGCCAAAGCCUGAUAGCCAAAGAACACACAAACUUCACCUCAAGGACUGGGGAAGAUUUUAUCUUUUUUAUUUCUUUAAUCACGCGGCGUUGUGCCCCGUUUUCUAAAGUGUUUUACACUGUGUUGAAAAGAAGAAGACAAUGUCAAACAGCUUCAUCUGUGUUUUCUGUCUCUUGUUUUCAGGUAAAUUUGUCUCUGCAUGAGGAAUUAUUUAAAUAUUGCACCUGGCAUCCAAAAAAUGUUUAAAUUUUAUUUAAAUCUACCACAUCAAGCUUUUAAUCUCGCCAUAAAGUUCACUAAACUCAUAUUGUGUUGCCUCUGACCAAACCAUGCAGCUCCUUUUUAAUUUUACUCACAAAAAAGUUUAUAUUUUCAUUUUAUUGCCCCUUCCUUUCAGCUGAGUGAAGGUCAUAUAAGUUCUUAUUCCAGCUCUGAAUCAUUUCCAGGAACUUUCUUUAAUUCUAAGAAUGUUUAAUUUAAAUAAUUAUCCACAAGAUUUUGUGUUUUUAUUAGAAAGGAAGAUUUCUUAAACCUUUGAUUUCUAAACCUUUCUUUUCAUCAAAAAGUUUUGGUAUUUUUUUGUCAGAAAUGUCCAUUUUCAGACAAUUUCUCAAGUGAUUUGCCCUCACGGGAAAAAAAAGUGGGUGAAUGUUGAGAAUAAGUGUCACACGUCAGAAAUAGUCAACUUAAUUUGAAGUGAGGUGAAAUUUGAUGUGAUUUAUUCAGCAUCAAGUGUCUGCUUGAUGCAUCUCUCUCCAUGUCACAUUGGUUGUCUCAGCAUUUCAGUCUUGUCCUCUUCUUCUUCCCCAAAUGGAAAUCAUUCACCCACACUGUACAAAGAACACAUGAGUUACGUCGAGCAGCCACAGACCACAGUGAAUUUCAGCUAUUUUUCAAAAAUGUGUGCAUUUAUGUUGUGAUUUUGUGGCCAACAAAACAAUUUCAAGCCCAAAUCACAAAAUAUCCGCAGAUAUGAGAAAACCAGCAGUGGAUCAGAACAACAAAGCUGUAACCAAAACCAAAAACUAUCAAGACAGGAAGAGAGUUUUGCCUUUGCUCAACUUCUUCACGCCGGACCAAAGCGCUAGUUAUGCACAUUGUACAGAGACAGAUUCAAGUUGUUGACAAUCUUUAAAACAAGAGUUGCAAGAAAUAAAGAAUAGAAAUAAACAGUAGCUCCUCCAAGGUUUACCUCAGUGCAGACAGCUGCAGGUCAGAGCAGAUCUGUGUCCACGUUCGCUCUCAGCGUGGGGAAGAGGCUCGUGUUUGGUUGCUUUUUCAUCACGUGACACAUUCUUGUGUUGAAUUAUGUCUGCGUGCUGUAACUCUUCAGUUCUCACAGCUUGUAGAAAACUAGAAAUCAUGACUAUGUUGCGCUAAAUCAACAGGUUUGUCUGUCAGCACUAAACAAAACUGGUUUGAAGUUUUCUUAAUGGUCAAAGAGCUAGAAACCAAAGCUCUAGAGCCUACAGAGGAGUUCCUUCUUUUGUUAUUUUUUAAAUAUCAGACUGGAAAACUGUAAGCAGCAAUAUCUGUUUUUGGUUGGUUAAGCAGCACUUUGUGUAUUUCUUAAAAAAAGUCAGUAAAUCAAAGAAAGACAAAAACACUUCAAGUCUGUCACAUUGAUUUGUACCAUAAUUAAUAAACAAUUGUUUGACAUUAAA